CCCCCCCCCCGCCCCUUUAUCCUCCACAAUCAAGCGCAUGACCAUCAGAGCUCUGACGGAAGCCCGGCGCUUUUGUUCGUCAGUUAUUGGCCGAACAUUCAGGAAGACCAGACAUUUGUUUCAGAGCGGGCAUCUUUACGUGAUGCUCUUAUCAUACCCGAUUACAGUUCGAGUGAACGAGCACUCGACAGGUGUUCUUCAGAAUUCCUCCUUGCCCUUGGCCCUUCCAUCAUUUGUAGCCCGAUGCUGUAUGGUGGUGUCUUUGACUGAUCCUGACUGACAACUGACAAGAAUGGGCACGCACGUACGAGCAGUGCACACGUGGCGCCGGAGGAUCGCCGGAGCUGAACUCGGUGCCGUUUCCUCCUCCGCACUCUUGGCCAGCCAAUCGCGCUCGUCGAAAUCAACGGCUAGAGGACAGAGGUACGACAAGGCAGCGACACGGACACGCCCCAACUGUGUUUCAAUCAGGCUCAAGGGUGACGAGAACAACAGCUUCUUUCGUCAGCGCCCGGAGAUGCCCGCUCGUGUGGAUUGUACCCCAUUUAGAAUUGGCCCUGCUUGCUUGUUCGUUUCUAGGGACGCCCGCCCCCCUCCGGCAUAGAAAAUGGGGUGCAGAGAAUGACAAGGCCAGGUAAGUUUAUUCGGAGUUCUUCGUCCGUUGCUCUCAACGGCCAAAAGAGUCCGGGCGGCUAUGGCUGCUCCGUCGUCGCCUUCUCACCGGCCGUUUUUUAAUCUAGAUUAACAGUAGAAACACUAAUGACAUAGUACAUUGUACAUGCCAUAAACUCAUUACAGUGUCGUUAAGCUGAACCACCCCUUCUGAGGGAAACAUGAAAAACGUUGGUUGAAACUAUGCUGUCUGAACUUCGGUAUUUCAACAUAGGCUUCUGUUUUUCUGCUUUGAUAUUGAGUUGUUUCACUUUUAAGUGUGUUUUCUUGCUUAGUUUAGUAGAGUAGUCAGCACCAAUUCGGUCGAGAAGAAUUCUGGACCAACUAAAGAUUCCACGAUCUAGAGUAGUACAAAUAUAGUUGGUAGUACAACAAGAAUUCAGACACAAUCAGACAAAGGUGUUAAAAUGAUAAUUCAGUUUGUCUUUUUUCCCAAUGGAAAGAGUCCAAAUUGCUAUCUAAUUUCCUCCCCCAUGGGGAUGAGGGAGGAUCUUUCCAGAACUCCUAUAAAUAGCCCAUGUCAUUCCAACAAGCAAACCAAAACUUCGAACAAAGCACCUCAACCCUGCCAGUUCUCUCACUCAAGUCACCUUGCAAUUCCAUGCUACCAAUCUCCAAACUAGUAUAGGAACUAGAAGCAGGCAGCAGACUAAUUCUUCUAGGGAUUGUUUGGUUCCAUAUCUCCCGAAAUGAUCCGCAGCCACCCAAUGCGAAGUCGACAGGUGUCGCCAUCCUAGCCAGCCCUAACUAUUUGGCUUUGGCGUCCAAAAAUCCUGUAGCACAUUGGCACGUCCGUACGAGGACUAGGCCGGGUGAUCGAUGGAGCAGGAGCUGAGGACCGGCGGCCUCAGGGUCAGGGCGCACAGCUCCUCCGUGUGCUUCUCCGGCGCGCUCAUCGACGGCCCGCGCAUCCAGCAGCUGCUCCUCCACUGCGCCGCCGCGCUGGAGUCCAACGACGUCACGCUGGCGCAGCAGGCCAUGUGGGUGCUCAACAACAUCGCGUCGUCCCAGGGGGACCCCAACCAGCGCCUCACGUCGUGGCUGCUCCGCGCGCUGGUCGCGCGCGCGUGCCGCCUGUGCGGCCCGGCGGCCGGGGCUCCCCAGGCGGCGGCGCCCGCGCCGCGGGAGCGGGCCAUGUCCGUGACGGAGCUCGCCGAGUACGUCGACGUCACGCCGUGGCACCGGUUCGGCUUCACGGCCUCCAACGGCGCCAUCCUCCGGGCCGUGGCGGGCAGCGCCGCCGUGCACGUCGUCGACCUCGGCGUCACGCGAGGCAUGCAGUGGCCGACGCUCAUCGACAUGCUGUCCAAGCGGCCCGGGGGCCCGCCGGCGCUCCGCAUCACCGUGCCGUCCGCCCGGCCCGCCGUGCCGCCUCUGCUCGGCGUGCCGGACGAGGAGCUCGGCGCCCGGUUGGCCAACUUCGCCAAGUCCAAAGGCGUGCAGCUAGAGUUCAACGUCGUCAGAAAGGGCACGGGCACGAGCACGAGCCCGACGUCGUCUCCAAAGAAGAAGCAGGCGCCGCCGCUCUGCCAGCAGGACCUGGCGUCCGUGCUGUCGGACCCGCCGUCGCUGGCGCUCCGGGACGGCGAGGCGCUGGUCGUCAACUGCCAGAGCUGGGUCCGCCACGUCGCGCAGGGCUCGAGGGACGCGUUCCUCGGCACCGUCCGCGAGCUGAAGCCGUGCCUGGUCACGGUGACCGACGAGGACGCCGACCUGGACUCGCCGAGCCUCGCGUCCCGCAUCGAGGGGUGCUUCAACUUCCACUGGAUCCUGUUCGACGCCCUGGACACGUCCGCGCCCAGGGACAGCCCGCGGCGGGUGGAGCACGAGGCGGCCGUGGGCCGGAAAAUCGAGGGCGUCGUGGGUGCCGACGACGCGGACGGCGCCGAGCGGUCCGAGUCCGGCGCGAGGCUCGCCGAGCGGAUGCGGCGGAACGGGUUCACGGGCGUAGCGUUCGACGAGGAGGCGGCGGGCGAGGUGAGGCGCCUGCUGAGCGAGCACGCGACUGGCUGGGGCGUGAAGCGGGAGGAGGACAUGCUCGUGCUUACCUGGAAAGGCCAUGGCGCCGUGUACACGGGCGCCUGGACGCCUAGCUAGUAUAGCUAUCUGAUCUGCUGCUAGGAGCCUAUGUUUCCGAUUAGCUCAAGAAGAAUCAAGCUAACGGACUUAACACAGACAGAUUUCCGUAAUAUAGUCAGUUCCAUUCGGCCAUGAUCACGGUGAGAGAACGAUCAUGAGUUCAUGACUCAAAGGAAUGAAGAUUUAUGUGAACAUUUGUGCUGUAAUGUUUAAA